CUUAAUGACGUCACGAUCAUUGACAGCGUGAGGCGGCGGCGACUGCUGCCCGGGUGUUGAGCGGCCGGGUGAGGGUCUAAGUUUCUUUCCUGCAAGGCCAGGCCCCUUCAGAAGGCGCGGGGGCGGCCAGGCGCUUGCGGCCAGCGCGGCGGGUGCAUCAUGCCUAGCCCGGGCAGCGCCCGCUCCGGGCUGGGACUGCUGCUGGGCACCGCCGCGGGCCUCGGAUUCCUGUACGCCCUGUACAGACAGCGGUGGAAACGGACCCAGCGCCAUGGCCAGAACCAGCUCCUGCCCAACUCACUGGACGUCACGCAGACUUCAGAGGCCAGACGCCAGGUGGGGCCAUUGCGAGCGGCCCCAGGGGGGGCUGGAGAUGCUGCGGUGCUGCCCAGCCUCCCACCAGAAGGCCAGGAGAUGGUGCUGGACCGCCUGGACUUCGUGCUGGCCAGUCUGGUGGCGCUGCGGCGGGAGGUGGAGGAGCUGAGGAGCGGCCUGCGGGGGCUCGCUGGGCAGAUCGUUGGGGAGUUCCGAUCCCACAUGGAAGAGAACCAGAGGGUGGCUCGGCGGCGCCGGUUCCUGUUUGCCCGAGAGAGGAGCGACUCCACCGGCUCCAGCUCUGUCUACUUCACAGCCACCUCGGGAGGCACGUUCACAGACGCGGAGAGCGAAGGCGGUUACACAACAGCGAAUGCCGAGUCUGACUAUGAGCGGGAUUCCGACAGGGAGAGUGAAGACGGGGAAGAGGAAGCGAGCUGCGAGACCGUGAAGAUGGGGAGAAAGGAUUCUCUGGACCUGGAGGCAGAGGUGGCUUCAGGCCCAGUUCCCAGAGCCCUGGAGGCUGACGGCUCCCCUGGCCUGGAGGACGUGCUGCCCCUCCUGCUGCAGGCUGACGAGCUGCACCAGGGCGGAGAGCAGCGCAAGCGGGAGGGCUUCCAGCUGCUGCUCAACAACAAGCUAGCGUAUGGAAGUCGGCAGGACUUUCUCUGGCGCCUGGCCCGGGCCUACAGCGACAUGUGUGAGCUCGCGGAGGAGGUGAGCGAGAAGAAGUCAUAUGCUCAAAAUGGCAAAGAAGAAGCGGAGGCCGCUCUGGAGAAGGGGGAUGAGAGUGCUGACUGCCACCAAUGGUAUGCAGUGCUUUGUGGUCAGCUGGCUGAGCAUGAGGGCAUCCAGAAGCGCAUCCAGAGUGGCUUUAGCUUCAAGGAGCACGUGGACAAAGCUCUUGCUCUCCAGCCAGAAAACCCCAUGGCUCACUUUCUCCUCGGCAGGUGGUGCUACCAGGUUGCUCACCUGAGCUGGCUAGAAAAAAAAACGGCUUCAGCCUUAUUUGAAAGCCCUCCCAGUGCUACUGUGGAAGAUGCCCUGCAGAGCUUCCUGAAGGCUGAAGAACUACAGCCAGGAUUUUCCAAAGCAGGACGGGUAUAUAUUUCCAAGUGCUACAGAGAACUAGGAAAAAACUCUGAAGCUAGACAGUGGGUGAAGCUGGCCAUGGAGCUGCCAGAUGUCACUAGCGAGAAAGGCUGAUACAAUAGCUGUGUUCCCGGAUGCCCUUUUCUGGCAGUCACAACAGGAAGAGGCCUGCGAAGAACCCAGGGAGCAGUCUCCUCGUGAGGCUGCAGCACUCAGGUUUAUCACGGGAAAAACCCGAUGAUUCAGUCUUUGGCGUCUCCCACUCCAUCCGCAUUGAUGGCAAACAUAGCUUCAGCUUCAGGCAGACAGGGAGAGUCAUAGAUUUUGCAGAUUCUGGUUUCCCCUCUUCCUUUUCUCAGGUACAGUCUGACCCAAAGACAGAUCAGAACACCAAAGUUAUGAUAAUUUAAAAAAUGCUCUCCCUAUUUAUGAUAGAACUAAAACUAUUUUUGAUGUAUAUACUUCUUAGAAGGACUUUCAGAAUCUUUCUGUAUUCCUUGGGGCCCUGUCACCCUACCCCCCACCCUUAGUGGAUUUUCCAUAUUAAAAACAAUUAUUUUCUUUUACUAAUGAAGAGACAUAUGAAUUCUUCAUAUUCAGUUCUCCACGUUAGAGGGCUUUUCAUUCUUUUAUGAACUAAAAGCAAACAACUCUAACCAAAGCAUGACAAUGAGAUUUAGCAAGAAUUUUUGUCUAACUACACAAUAGUAGCUUUAACAGGGAAAUGUUAUAUCUGCAUGUCCACUUCAUAGUUAACAUGACAUUCCAGGAUGAAGUCAUCUGUCCCAUCACUUUACCUGGUUGUUGAGGCAUGAGCAAUGAUGUUUCCUCCGAUAGGUUUUUUAGGAUCUGCAGCAAACAUGGCUGCUCCAUCCACUUGGGCUACCACCUGGUUGGUGAUCACCACGGCUACACCAAACUGAUGGAGAAAGGAUAAAUGUCAUUUUUUUUAAAUUUUUUUGUGGCCACAGACAUUGCAAGGACUAACUUUAUUGCUGGCAACCCUUUUCCCCACAAACCAAUGGAUAACUCAAGUCUCUCUUCAUAUCUAACUGGUAUCUUGAUACCAGGCCCCAAUGUCCUGGCCUUCCAGCAAAGCUCCUGAAACCCGUGGCCCCUGAAAGUAGACUCCGUCCCCACCUGACAACUCACCUCAUCAGCAAGUCGCAGAAGCAUCCGCAGAAACCUGGCCAAGUGCAUCUGCCUGGCUGAGAGUUCACCGCGACCGGAAUAGUCUGUCCUGUAGAGGGCGGUGGCACUGUCCACAAUCAGCAGUGCAUACCUACGGACAAGGGCUCUCGGAAGCCGAUUUCUAGCUUAGGUCAGAUUCUGCUCCUUCCUCUCACUAUGCUAAAAUUUCACAGUCAGUUACUCGUGUAUCUAGAUGUUUCAUUGACAUACUAGUAUAGCCUCCAUAUCUGAGGUCCCAUAUAACAAGAUAAAAUUCCAACAAGUUCAUUUUAUGUUUUUAUUUUAGAGAGAGGAAGGGGGCGAGAGAGAGAGAGAGAGAAACAUCGAUUUGUUGUUCCACUGAUUUAUACAUUCACUGGUUGCUUCUUGUUUGUGCCGACUGGAGAUGGAACCCGCAACCUGGGUGUAUUGGGACGACGCUCUAACCAACUGAGCCACCCAGCCAGGGCUAUGGCUUCAUUUUUUAACAGUGACUUGACGUAACCACAAAGUAAGAGUGUCAAAAUAGGAACUAAAACUUAAAUCUUCCCAUUUCUAAUUCAAGCUACUAUCAAUUUGGCCAAAUAGCCUAUAUAAGAUUCAGGAUAAGGCCGCCUGGAGCAUAGUCAGUACAUUCUGAGCACAUACCUAGACUCUACCAUCAUAGCUGAUGCUUGAUAAAGCAGCUGGGUCUGGUGGUCUGUGUUGAACCCACGAGCAUAUGCUACAUUAUCUAGGACAUCACUGCCAGAGAGGCCAUAUCUGGAAAAGAAGAGAACAUUUUUAGGCUGCACAUAGAGAACUCGGGCAGAUGAGAAAUUCAUUUCUAAUAAAAAAAUUACAUGGAUGGGUAGGUAAGAAGUAUUUGGACUAAAUAAUAUUAAUUCCCUUUCUAUUAGGAAGUUCAGACAAACUGCACAGAGAGAUUACAGCAAUUACUACUUUGGAGUAAUCUACCUGGCAGGACUUUAGGAUAAAUCAAAUCUAUUCUCUGAGGACUCCUGAACUAGAAUUAGAAAUUUCUAAGUAUAAGGAAACAAUGUUCUCCUGGAAAAACCAAGGGCAACCUGACAGAAUUGAGAAUGAAACAAACAAAAAGAACCACUCUAAGAUCUAUUAACCAAAUUCAUAUAUAUAUUUAUUACAUAGGAAUAAAACCUAAGCAAGUACUCAAAACUCUAAGAAGUUCGAGAGAAGCAAAUAUUUUUUUUCAUUCUUGCUAGUAAUUACUUAUACCUCAAUAAUGAUUUUUCCCUCUGCAUUUAAAAAAGGAAAACAUCUCUUAUUUUCUUGGAACAAUUUGUAUUUUCUCAUCUUUAUAACUGAUACCUAAGACAUGAAUGGUUCGAGUAACAACACAGUUUUCAUUCUCAUUAAAUGUACCAUAAUGGAGCUCCAUUUCUUUAAAGAUAAACUUCCCCUUUAUCUCUCAAAUAGAUGUGAUUUUCCCUCUUCUGCACUUCCAAAAAACUGAUUUAGAUCUUUUUAUGGCAUUUGUGCAGGGCAACCCUUUUUCCCACAAACCCUGCCAUUCUUUGACUAGACUACAAAUUCCUUGAGGUUAAAAGAUAAGCUUGUCUACCUUAAAUAUUUUUUAUACCUAGUAAAUUCUAAAUGUUGCUAAGUAAAGCUUUUAUUCACAAUCCAUACAAAAAGAAAAUUAUACACAUCAAUUUAACUCAUCAUGUUUUCAUAUUAAUGCCAUAAAAAUCAUUACAGUUCAAAAAUAUAACACUGACUCCCUUAAUGUAAUAGUUCAAAAGAGAAUCUGUUUAAACAAAUCAGUGUGCUAUUAAUUCUUUGAUAACCAAAAGUUUCUAUGUUUAUGAUCCUAUCAGUCUAGCCCUAGCUAGCCUGGCUCAGUGGAUAAAGCAUCGGCCCAUGGACUGAAGGGUCAUGGGUUCAAUUCCGGUCAAGGGCUCUUACCUCAGUUGCAGGCUCAAUCCCUGGCCCUGUUUGGGGCCACGUGGGAGGCAACCAAUUGAUGUGUCUUUCUCACAUCGAUGUUUCUCUCUGUGUGUCUCUCCCCCUCCCUUCUGCUCUCUCUAAAAAUCAGAUAUCCUCAGGUGAGGGUUAACAAAUAAAUAAAUAAUAGAAAUGGGCAAAGACUUGUAAGUACAUUUUCCAAAGAAGACAUACAAAUGUCUGUGCCUCUGCUGCUAGUCUGCCUACCUAUGUCCAGCUACCGAUGGGCUCCCUUCGAACUAACUGGAAAAGAAACCCCUAAGUGUUAUAGUUUUAGCUCUUACAUUUAAGAUUAUCAUCUUAAAAAAAUUACUGUAAAUAUACAGAAAAUUACAUGUUAACCUUUUAAUAAUAUACAGUGGCAAUAAAUACAUUUCCACUGUUUUGCAACCAUCACCAUCAGAACAUUUUCAUCAUUUCAAACUGAAACUCUAACAAUAAGUCUCCAUUCUCCUCACCCCCUGGAAACCACCAUUCUAAUCUGUCUUUAUGAAUUUGACUAAUCUAAGUAUGUACCUCAUAUAAGAGGAACCAUACAAUAUUUGUCCUUGUUGCAACUAGUUUAUUUCACUUAGCAUAUUUUCAAGGUUCGUCCAUGCUGUAGCAUGUGUAAGAAUGUCCUUUCUUUUUGAGAUUGAAUAACAUUCCAUUGUAUGUAAAUAUGACAUUUUGUUUAUCCAUUCAUUUGUUGAUAGACACUUGUUUCCAACCUUUGGCUGUUAUGAAUAGUGCUGCUAUGAGCAUUGGUAUACAAAAGUAUCUGUUUGAGUACCUGCUUUCAAUUCUUUUGAGUAUAAAACCAGAAUUGAACUUGUUGGAUCAUAUUGUAAUUCUAUGUUUAACUUUUUGAGGACUCACCAGACUAUUUAUUUUUAGUUAAUUUUUAUGUAUGGUAUAAUGGUCUAAAUAUAUCUUUUUGCAUGUGGAUAUCCAACUACAUUAGCCAUUUAUUAAAAGGAGUAUUAUUUUCCCCAUUAAACUGCCUUGGUAACUUUGGUCAA